AAACUGUAUUUGUUCAGGUCGCUAAUGCAAAGUCAUAUACCGAUCGGUCGUGUAACAACCUAUGCCUUUAUUGUUAUUGUAUUCUUUCUAUUAUCUCAAGCUCCUUACUGGAUAACUCAAAUCUAUACCACUUUUUUGCUGUUUAUUAAUCAGAGUUUUGGGAACGUUAUCUAUAUUACGUAUAUUUGUCACAUGUGUCCAUUUCUGGCUGCAGCUUUAAAUUGGAUUUUUUAUGCUCGAAUGAACACUCAGCUACGGAAAGGAUUCAGCCUGGCAAAUGAGCAUUAUAGCAGAGAUAUCAGAAGGUAA